AAAGUUGUAGCGGCCAGUUAGUUCUUUUAUGCAAGAUCUUUAAUUAUGACUCCUGUAACAUCUAAUGCUGUUUAUUUUAUGUUUAUUUUACGGUAUGCAUUGAUACAUGAAUAAUAUAUUUUUUUCAUGCAUAAAAACGAAAAACAAAUAUCUGCAAUGGGAUAAAAGAUUGGUAUAUCCUUAAAUGUACAACCAAACCUCCGUUGAUUCAGACAAGUAACUAGUUUGAAGCGGCAGUAGUAAUCUUGAGGUCUAUACUGGCUUAACAGAAAAUGUAUGAAUACGCUCUAUCGAUUGAUAUCCUUUAUUCACUACUACCUCUCAAUGACGCUGAUAAAAACUGCGUAAAAAAAAAGAAAAAAGAAACAAUUAAGUGCUUCGGCACAGUACCACAUGAACCUUUUGCAUCGAACCCAGCAGACGUGCUCCGCUUGACGGCUUCCUUCUCCCUCAGUUUGCUCUCAGCCAUUGUGGAGGUGUGCCGUCCAGGGUUCCAGUCACCUGAAGCAGCGCAGCAGCCACCCGUCUUGAAGCUACAGAGUCCGACCUGUCAUGUUGCUUUGUGCAAGAGCGUUCAGGGGAAAGGUGUCUUUCAGGGCUCCAGUCACCUGAACCAACGCAACAGCCGCCCCUCUGGAAGCUAUCGAGGCCAUCCUGUCAAAUGGUUCCGUGUAAAUGCAUUCACUACAUUCUAUGAAGUAAUAAUAUCAGCUGCUAGGCCAAGCGUCAUGUUGCCGAUCCCAUACGCCUUUUCGAUCCCAUACGCCUUUUUGAGGAGUGAUGCCAAGCUACCUGGAGCAUCAGGGUCAAGAUCUUACCCCGCCAUCUCUUAAGUGCAGGACUCCGAAGACCACCAAGUCUCCAACAUCCUAAAUGAAACCUCUCCAAUGUGUGUGUGUCCUGUGUGUCAGACUCUGGUCUCGUAGUGUUGCGAGUAAUGAGCUUCCUUUGUGUACGAAAGAGUUCUCAGGACUCCCCACAUCAGUUGACAUUGAUUUUAUUUAUUUUUUUUUUUAAUAAAAAAUUUUCCUUGA